GAGAGGGGAAGGCCGCUUGAAAAGGUUCCAGACAAGCUCAUAGAUGUAGUAUGAAUCACGCUCUAAUAAGGCAAUGUCUCUUUUGGAGUUAAUUCAAGAGGGCCAGGAGGUGUUGUCUGAACUGCUCAACAAUCUGUCUGCAUCUAUCAGUCUGCUGACCCGACAAACGCAGAGCCAUCGGCCAGCCUGGAGACGAGAUGACAUCAUGCAGAAGGAUGGUCCUCUAUGUGCAGCGGAAAUCGGCUCUGAACUCCAGAAGCAGUUUGCCAUCCUGCCAGGGGGCCGUGGGAUGAACGGCAGCCCCAUCAUCGUCUUCCCAGAAUUCCCGGCUUUCAGCGAGCUGGAGGAGGAGGAGUUUCAAAACGUCCUCAGCUACCUCACCAGUGUCCCCAGCGUUGCAGCAUCAGGAGUGGGUUUCAUCCUGGUCAUCGACAGACGGCUGGACCGAUGGGCCGCCGUCAGGGCCACCCUGCUCCGCAUCGCAGGUUCAUUUCCAGGGAACUUACACUUGGUUCUGGUGUUGCGUCCCUCUACUUUGUUCCAGCGGACUCUGUCGGACUUCCUGUUCAAGUUCAACAAGGAUGAGUUCAAAAUGAAGGUGGUGAUGCUGAGUUCGGUGACUGAGCUCCAUGCGUAUAUUGACCCUGGACAACUGACCACAGAGCUGGGAGGCACACAGGAAUACUGCCAUGACAGCUGGAUCUCACACCGCACUGCCAUUGAGGCUUUUGCCCUGAUGGUGAAGACCACUGCUCAGACGCUGCAGGCGUUCGGCACCGAGCUUGCAGAGACAGAAUUACCCAACGAUGCCGAGGCCACCACCAACCUGCUGCACGUACACACUCUGAAGAAAGAUAAAAUGAAGGAGGACCUGCAAGUGGCACUGUCUCAAGGAGGACGCCUACUGGAGUGCAUCAAUGAGCCUCUGCAGACAGAUCCUGAGUACAGCAUGACGCAUGAUGAACUGGAAAACUUAGCUACUGUACAGAGACUCCUGGGUCAGCUGGAUGAAACAGAGAUGGCGUUCGAUGACUUCUGGGAGCGUCACCACACUAAACUAGAGCAGUGUUUGCAGCUGCGCCAUUUUGAACGGCACUUCCGUGAAGUGCGUGCCCAGCUUGACGUGACAUCGGAGCGGCUGUCAGGUUUCUCUGAGGUCAGCGUAAGCCCCGCCCACGCCGAGCACGUCCUCAGAGAGCUCAGCAUUCACGAGGACAAAGCCUGUGACGUGCUAGACCUUGCUCUGUCCCUGGCCAGUGAAGGUGACAGGCUGAUUGAAAACUCCCACUAUGCCGAGGACUCCAUCAGGCCAAAGUGCAGCGAGCUGAGAGGAGUGUGCGAGGAGAUCAGCUCCACUCUGAGGAGCAAGAAGAGCCUCCUGCUCAGAGCUUUGGAGCUCCACCAUGCUCUGGAGAAGGCAUCACGGUGGUGUGAGGACGGCAUCUUCCUGCUGGCCAGUCAGCCAGUGGACCGCUGUCAGUCUCAGGAUGGAGCUGAAGCGGCUCUGCAAGAGCUGGAGCGAUACCUGGAUACGGCAGCGCUGCACACCCUCGCUGACCGCGGCGCCAUCUGCUGCCAGUAUGAGGCGGUGCUCAACGCUCAGCUCAGGGACCAGGUAGAGAAAGUAUUCCAGAAACAAAGCUCUGUCCAGGAGAUGUUUGAGAAAAGACGCGUCAGCCUGAAGAAACUUGCUGCCAAACAGACUAGACCAGUCCAGCCAGUAGCUCCAAGGCCUGAAGUCAAGUCUCCACAAUCUUCUCCCAAUCAAGAGAGAAAAGAAAGGAGAUACUCUGCAGAUAACGUUAUCUGUAAAAAGGUAGAGUCUCCCAUACAUAAUGGUGGCACGAGACAUGCUUCGCUUUCAGAAGAAGAAGAAAACCUGGCAGUGCUUCGGCGUCACGUGAUGAACGAGCUGCUGGAGACGGAGAGAGCAUAUGUGGAGGAGCUGCUGUGUGUGCUGGAGGGCUAUGGAGCAGAGAUGGAGAACCCUGCCAUGGCUCACCUCAUCCCCAGCACCCUGCACAGCAAGAAGGACAUUCUGUUUGGCAACAUGUCUGAAAUCUACCAGUUUCAUAAGAGAACAUUUUUAAAGGAACUUGAAACGUACACUGACUGCCCAGAAUUAGUGGGCCGCUGCUUUUUAGAGAGGAUGAAGGACCUGCAGAUCUACGAGGCGUACUGCCAGAAUAAACCUCGCUCUGAGAGCUUGUGGAGACAGUGCUCCGACUGUGCCUUCUUCCAGGAGUGCCAGAAGAAGCUGGAACAUAAACUUGGUUUGGACUCCUACCUCCUUAAACCCGUCCAGAGAAUCACCAAGUACCAGCUACUGCUCAAGGAGUUGUUGAAGUACAGUAAAGGCUGUGAUGGCUGUGAUGACCUACAAGAAGCUCUCUCCUCCAUCCUGGGGAUCCUGAAAGCUGUAAACGACUCCAUGCAUCUCAUUGCCAUCACAGGAUACGAGGGGAACCUGUCCGAGCUGGGUCGUCUGCUGAUGCAGGGCUCCUUCAGCGUGUGGACGGAGCAUAAGAAAGGUCACGCCAAGGUCAAGGACCUGGCCAGGUUUAAGCCCAUGCAGAGGCACCUGUUCCUGCACGAGAAGGCCCUGCUCUUCUGUAAGAGGCGAGAGGAGAACGGGGAGGGCUACGAGAAAGCUCCAUCUUACAGCUUCAAACACUCGCUCAGUAUGAGUGCAGUGGGUAUUACAGAGAACGCUAAAGGAGACAACAAGAAGUUUGAGAUUUGGUGCAACUCCAGAGAAGAAGUUUUUAUAGUCCAGGCUCCAACAGCAGAGAUUAAAACAGCGUGGGUGAACGAGAUCCGCAAAGUUUUGACCCAGCAGCUCAAAGCCUGCAGAGAUGCCAGCCAGCAGAAGAGUUCAGACUCUGUUUCCCCAGUUCCCACCAGCAACAACACCUCCAUCUCCCUCAGUCCCUUCCGUAGCAGCAGUCAAAAGAACCAGAGGAAGCAAGAGGAUAAAAAGGCAGAGCCGAGUCCAACCUCUGACGCCAUCUCCUUUUCCUCCCCGAAACACAAAGAUGAACCAGUGACCAGUCCCACCACUGACAGGUCCUCAGUGGCUAAAAAGCGUUUUACUUUGCAGGGCUUCAGCAAUCUCAAGAGUCCGAAAGGUAACAUAGGCUCACAAUGCUACUCCUUCCCUCCUGUGUGCCCAGGCUCAGCUCUGAGCCCUGAGCACAGCUCCAAACGCCACUUGGUCAAGAGUGACCCCACACCAUUUGGGUUUAAAGAGCCGGCUCCCCACAUCACUCUGAGCAGAGUCAAAUGGAUGAGCACAUCUAGUCUGUUACAGAGCAAACGGCGAGGCUGGAACAAAGCAUCUCUCUCCGUGGACGCCUCAGAAGAGAACGACGGAUACUCCAGCGGCGAGGACCCCAUGAACUCUGACACCGAGGAUGAAGUCGGGAAGAAGCUGGCUCCAGGAAAGUACACAGUGGUGGCAGACUGUGAGAAGACGGGACCUCAGGAGCUGUCUGUCAAGAGCGGAGAUGUGGUCCAGCUAAUCAGAGAAGGAGAGGAGGGACAGUGGUUUGUGAAGAACCUUCGCAGCAGUAAGGAGGGCUGGGUGGCAGCAGCAAACCUCCUCAGCCUCAUCUCAGAGUCCAAGUCAUCCCAAUCACUCAGCAGCUCAGAUGGCAGCGUCUCUGGGAACCUCAGCACUUCUUCCAGCUGCAGUGAGACCUACACCAGCUUCUCUGACAUCAAACCCUGACCCGAGACCACUGUCCCAACACCGUCCCUCGAGCUAAAACUAUUUCCAGGUGGAAAGCUAAAGCUGAUCUGACAGGAGGACAGAAUCAAAAUGUUGCUUUUUUUCCUCAUUCGCACAGAAAGCCCUCCUCAACCAACAACCGAAUCAAUCCCUGCGUCAACCACACCCACCUUUUCUGAGUAUUCACCUUUUAGCCUCAUAGCAAAAGACAAACUCUCAUUUAAAAUCUGUUUUAGCUUCACAAAUUGCAGCAUGUCAGUUGAAUUUAAGUGUAUUUAUUUCCACAGUUCAUGCCGGAGAAAGAAAAUAUCAGGGAUCAGUCAUUCCUCAGAACACAAGUUAAAGUCACCUCCUGUCAGGCCAUCUUUAAAAAUAUAAAUGUCUUCAUUUAAUCCUUGUGAUUAUGUAGCAUUAGAGUGGACAAUUUUAAGAAUACCUGCACUAAACACGAGGCAGCGGACAAGACUGUUGGUGUCGAACCCCUUCAAGUGGACAACAUCACAGCAUAGCGACAGAUUCUUGUGUGAAACAUCCGCAGAUACUAUCAGACAGGUAUUUCACAUGAUACACCGGCUUUAGUGUCAGACACUGAUCGUACACUGUGAAAAGUAGCAGGCGGCUGCAACGAGAAAAAAGCUUUCAGUGCAUCUUGGAGCAAAACUGAGCAGGUUGAAUGUUCGGGGCAUGUUGCCGUAAGCCUUUUUUGUACAUGGGACGCAUCCCUGUGGUGUCAAAAGUAGUUGGUUUUCUAUUUUUUCCCCUUUCAAGAAUGCUGUAUUCCUCCCGUAUUGUUACCAUGAGCUUCCUUUAAGCCUGUUUUUUUUUUGUUAAAAACACAGAGUCACCAGGUGAAUGUCACCAACAGCACAGCCUGGUGGUCAGAUGUCUUGCACUUCUCCAACUACUCGCAUUACCGUCUGUACAAAUCGCUUACACAAAGAGUGGCAGCUUGGACAACUUUUGAACCUCUUCGUUUUUUUAAGAGGAAUUAUGUAACUUGCCUCUGAACUGCUCUGGAUUUACCUCUCAGGAAGCCCAAGAAGUUACGUGGGCAGGCAGGUGUGACCGCAUACCUGCUUGUGUCGACUACAUGUCUUUAUGUGUGUGUGUGCAUUCUUGCUCAUGAGAACAAAAUGCUUUGUUUCAUACCUGCAGAAAGUCUCUAAAGCCACAGACACCACAUCAGAUUUGCAGAAAAGGCCCAAUUAAGUUUUUUAAAAUUUAAAUUGCAAACUGUUUACAAGGUUGGGUGGGUGUCAUAGUGGUGAGACAGCAAGAAUAAUUCAUGUGAAGUCACCUGCUGGGUUAAUUUUUAUAUUCCUGGCAAUUUGCUGGUAGUGCCACCUCAGCCAUCCACACACUAGUGUCCCACACCUCAAUAUUCUGCACGUUUGUCCACUUUUUGUGUCACUGUGCUCACCUAUCUUUGGUCUGCAACAAAAGCCGCCUUUGUCCUCUCCCUCUGCUCCCAGCCCCAUUCAGGCAUGUGACAGUAGCCACUUCUCCGCAAGCUGGGCAAACCGGGGCCCAGACCUGCUCAACAUGUUUGCACCUCCAGCCUGAGAGCAAUAUUUGUUUACUUGACACCAAAAUGUAGCCGAGAAACACCCCAGUUGAGUAAAACACAAAAAAGUAAAAAAAAUAAAGUCUGACUUUCAGUGUGAGGUGAGUAAACUAAACCCGGCUGUUCUUCACACACACAAGGAACCUGUGCUAUCCUGAACACUGAAUGACACCUUUUCUUGUCCUUGUUUUCUAAGGGGAAACAUGUUUUUUUUAUAUGAGAAGAUUUCUACUGUAUCCACACUGUAAAACAAUCCUUUUUUUCCCAUCUAUGAUGUUGAAUGUGUGACCCUGUUAUCACACAGGAAAGUGCAGCAUGCUGUUGCAUCAAAACCAACCCCACCCGUUGUUGUCCACUGGCUCAACGAAGCCACGAUUAACGCCACUUCUGUUUCUUUAAUUGGAAACUAGUUUGCAGGUCGUUUGAUGUCCGACUGUGAGCUAAAGCAGAGAGUAAACCGUGGCUGGCGUUGUGUGUCCUGUAAGACUGAGAAAUGUGUGUUACACUUGUACAGAUGUGUCCUCGAUACCUCACACGGUUUUCCUCAAGAGCAUGUAUACUGUCACGAGGAUCAUGGUGUCCGUGAGUGUCCUUGUCUCUCUGUAUAUCAUCACUCUUUGUGGCCCCCCUGAUUCUAAACCUCCUGGACAAGGCUAUAUUUUUACCUGUUGUAUAUUGUGAGAGUUUAUUUUCUGCCCUCUUACGAAAGCUGACGCGGGCACUAAACUUGUCAGUGUUUGAUCAUGAUCCCACAAUAAAGAAUUAUUUGUACUUUUAAAUCCGAGGCUGGAGAGAUGAGAAAGGGUUAUAUUUUUUAGUUUCUGUUUAUGCAGCACAUUGCAGCGACCACUGUUUUUAUUUUCCUAUUGUAUAUCUACUGAGUAUGGUGUUGAUAUAAGAAUAUUAUAAUAAGACAUAUCUGUGUAUAUUUGUACAUAUGUAAUUCUGACUUGUAUGUAAAAUGAAAAGCAGCUUUAAUAAAGUCUGAGAUGGUUUCCUCUA